ACGGCGCGGAGCACUGUAUGUACAUGUACACUGUGUUGUUUCUGCACACAUGCACCAUUAGGCUAUAUGCGGCCUGACACAUUGACACUGACAUAACACUGAGUGAUAGCCAUGACAGUGUGUACAACUGAGGUGAACAGUAGCUCUCUUUCACAUGCGAUCACAUUCUGGACAGGUGCUGAAAUCUUCUUGAAAGUUUUUUGAAUUGCUUCUUACUUCCUGGAAAGCGGAAGGUGAUGUUCUCAUUUCCAGCCACAGGCAGAAGUGCAACAGAUCACAUCAUGCAUAUGCUGCGUAACUCACAAUAAGACCAGAUCACAGGCAGCUAUAGCUUUCAUUUCCUGUACUGAGUGGAGCCUUGGCACGCAGUCAUGCAGGCAAUGGAUAGCCUUCAGGAACUGACAGUCUUCUUGCAAAAGAACAGUGGUAAGAUCUUGAAUGGGCGCUGCAACCUUGCCCUGACGACACACACCUUGGCCCACCUCAACCGCUGCUUCAAGCAGAGUGAGGAGGAUUCAUUGGUGGAUAGCAGGUCACAUGAUAACGACCAGUCAUGUGACAGAAGGCGGCCACAGACUGUGAUGUUCCUCCUGAGCUACAUCAAGAAGACACCUGCUCUUAAGCUGAUCCAUCCAUCCAGUACUCUGCGCGGCCAAGUGGAAAUCUCAAGAUUCAAGAGUCUGACGAUGCUGGAGAUUAAGAAAGUCCCUGUCCACAUGCUGAAUGGCCUAAGAUGCCUACGCCAUCAGUUGCGGGUCCUCAUCUGUUCCCGAUGUGUACCCUCUCUCCAGGUUUUGCUGUGUUCAUGUGGAGGUGAUAUGGCAUCGGAGGCACCUUGGUCAUCCCUUCACACCCUCAAUCUCAGCUAUAACUACAUUGAUCACCUGGACAAUUCACUGAGAUUGCUUCCUGUACUUAAGAUGUUAGACCUCAGCCACAACGAGCUCAAACACACCAGAGACCAUCUAGAGAGCCUGAGUGAGUUGGCCCACCUAAAUCUGGGCUAUAACCACCUGGAGCGAGUGCCAGCCCUUGGCCUGGUGGCCCGUACCAACCUGCAGACCCUGGUGCUCAGAAACAACAGCCUGGAUAACCUGUCUGGCCUGGAGGACUACAGCAGCCUCUUAGAACUAGAUCUGGGCAACAACUGCCUGUACGAGGGAAAUGAACUUAGAACCUUGGGAUACCUGCACAAUCUCAGAGAGGUCAACCUCCUUGGCAACCCACUGGCCUUUGACCCAGCCUACAGGUCAAUUGUCAUCAGCAAGUUCCCUCCAGAGGGUGCCUCACGCAAGAUGUAUCUAGACGGUGUUCCUCUAACUAGCACUGAAAGCCAGGCCAUACCCAGAGUCAACUUGGCAAAACCUGUCUUGCGCAUCCCCUCCCAGUCGUCUCUGGACACCACCAGCUCCAACCUCUUCAAUGAUGUCUCCAGCUUUGAUGAAUCGACAGACAUGGACAAGGGCAAGAGGCCAAAGGGCAAGCGGGCACCAAAAGUGAGGCAUGUGUCCAUCCCUGACCAGGGUGUACAGAAGGACGAUAACAAAACCAGAGCUACCAUGCUCCGAGACUCGGACAUUGAAGACACCAAACAAGAACUUGAGAAAAUGCGCCAGCUCCACGGGGCAGACUGGUUGCUGGCAUUGCAGGCACCGUACAGAGAGUCAGUGGACACCUGUGAGUCCAAGGCGGAGAAAAUAGUGGAGCAGAUGGCCCCAGCAGAGGGAAACAGGAGCAACUCUUUAGGUCCCGGGAGCAGCGGCAUCGAAAGCGACAUCGGUAGCACUGUCAACGACAACGUCGUAGUCCACGAGGACAUCAAUGGCAGGCGUGUUGACAGUGGCAUCGAGGGCAUCACCGAAAAAGUGAUACGUGCACCGACAACCGAGUUCACUCCCCCAGGGGAAAAGGCAAGGUCAUCGGCUGUUGCAGGACAGACAGUUCUCCUGGAGAAGAAAAAUUCCAAGCCUUCUAUCUUUUUAGAGAGGUUGGGCUCAGAGUCAGAUGUUGCACUCGAAAGCUGCUGGGUGGAAGGAAAUCCUGAAGAGGAAGAGCACGAGCUGUGUAGUCCUCUCCUGGUCACCAUGCAGGAGCCCAGCCAAGACAAACCCCUGCAUCUAUUUGUGACGGUCAGGGAAACUCACUUGGAAGAGAGAGACUUGAAUGGUCACGUGACAGAGAGGCUGGAGUUGAAGUGUCUCAAGAGUAUGCAGCAGACACAUGAGCCUGUCUGGAAUGAAGAGGUCAGAGUGAAUGACAUCUUGCCGGUUGUCAAGCUGACUUUUGACUACAUCAGGAGAGAUCGCCAGAAACGAGAGUACAUUCUAGAGGAUGAAGAUAGUUACCAGAUCCUGAGCAAGACCCUUCAGCCAUUUCUGGAGGAGAACCGGCUAGCUGCUGCCACUCACAAGGCCAUAUUCCAGUGCCUGAAGUGCUCCAAAGAGUUUGCCCGGCACCAGGCGAAGAGGAAACUCCCGGCCCGCCAGAGGGGUAAUUUCCGAGGGGGUUACAACUCGGAAGAGGAGAGCAGCAGUGACAUUGAAACUUGGAUGAAUGAGGUUGCAGUGUGUCCGUCCUGUGGCAGUGAUUUGAUUGUCGAGCUCGAAAACCCUGUUUCACCAAGCAACUACACCUCUGCUAUAAGCACGCCAACUGGGUCCCUUAACUCACUUGAAAUGAACCUUAGACCCAUGGCAACAUCUUCUCCUUGGAAAGUCAAGGAUAAAGAAGCAGUGUUCUUAUCAUCAGCUGAGAAAAACAGGAGUGGUUCAUCUACUGAAUACCACAGUGCUGUCAACUCCCUGUCCUCAAGCCCCAGCCAGGGGCUAACAUCUGGACCGACCGUCAGCUUGUCAUCUUCAGGCACCUCCACAUUGGUCAACACCUCUGUCCUGCAUUCCCCGUUCGGUCGGCAGAGGCACAUCACUGAGGAGACACUUGAAGGUGACACAAGUGAGAUGUCGGUGCACCUGGGGCAGGACACACUGCGGAACACGCCUCAGGACACGCCGGGCAGUGAAAGCAACUUCACCCUGCCUGACCCGACCAUCAGGAUGAGCCGGGGGGACGAGACCAACCCCCUGGAGAACAUCUCGGCUUACCAGCACGAGAAGCUGCGCGAGUUGCUGCAGGAGAACAUGGCGCCCUUUAGCCAGAAGUACUCGCUGGUGCCCCCGGACAUCCUGGACGGAGUGAACAGCAGGGAUGCCUCAGGGGCCACUACGCCUAGGUCCAGAGGGGCUACUAACCCCCCGUCAAGAAAUGAGACAGACAGUGUCACAAACUCACUCAUUGGAAGGAGUGAAACUGACAAAGCAAAUCGCUCCAGAGAAAAUAGCUGGAAUGCCAUGACCAAGAGCAAUUCUGUAACCACCACGGAACAGCAGAAAAGUAACACUCCCAACAGUUUUGAUAAAGUUCAAAACCAUGGCAGUAGACCUUGCAGUGAGGAUGACAUCGUCAUAUUGGCGGCAGAGAAAUCAAACCACAAGAGACUGGAUGUAAGUUACUGUGACUCAAAUGACAGUAUCCAAGAUACCGCCUCUCAUGACAUGGUGGGCGUGGGACGUGCUGGCAGCACGGACAGCGAAAUAGCCGUCCUCCGCAACAACAGCAUCGAUACAGUAAGCAUCACCUCAGAUUCAGUCUUUGACUCCAGCCUGAACUCUGAGCAAACCAACCUUGCCAAUGCCCUGAGUGAUGCUGCCAGCAAGCCAGAAGUGAACAGCACCAGGACUUCAACCGAUGAUGAGCUUACCCACAAGGUCGAAAACUCAGGGACACCUUCAAAGUCUGACAAGGGCUGGCAAAUCUCAGCUUCCAAGCACUCUAGUCAGAACUCCUCAUCAAGCAAAGAGAGCUCUUUAAACACAUCAUUUGAGGCUAGCUUGAAAGUGCCUAGAAAGGAAUCCAUGAUGGACACUAAAGACGGCGAUUUCAGCAAUGUCGACCACAGACUCAAGCUGUACUUCUCCAUGUCAUUGUUUGGUAGCAAAGAGGAACUUGCCUGCAUGACAAAGUGUCAAAUUUUCCAGUUCAGCAAAACCACCAACUUCUCUGGUCUUCUGGUUGUCUCAACUCAAAACAUCUACAUCAUGAGAAUCAGCAGAGAGGAAAGUGAGAAGCCCUCUGAUUGGCUGUCUAAGAGAUCCCAGCACUCCAUCAGGGACCUGAUGCACGUGCACCUGGGACCCAGUAGCCAGAGUUUCCAGCUGGACUUCAACAAUGAGGGCGUUUUGUACACCAUUGUCAUAUGGGACACAGAGAUGUGCAAAGCAUUUGUGUCGCAGUUCGAAAAGGCAAUCCAGAGAGCCCCAGUGGGCAAGAAGCGACGCUUCAAGGGUGUGGUGCGUGAUCAUCCCAACACCCUGAGGAACCUCAUGAGCCAGGUCUUUGGCGAGUCUAUGGACGAGCCGUCAGGCGAGAGGGAAAUUGAGAUCAGCCUGUAUUUGCUGGCCUAUGAAAAAACCGCCAAGAAUGUCAAGAAAGGUUUACUGAAUCUGGAUUGGAAACACACAAGCCACACCUCCAAAACAUUGGCCAUUGACCUUGUGCCAGUCAGCAUUGUAGUGACUCCAAGUGACCUUUACCUGGCCGAGGAGAACCAUUUUUGGCCACUGAGACAGACCAAGACGAAAGGGCAGGCCAAAACGGUGCAAUUCACACUCAAGGACCAUCACAAGAUCACCGACGUUGGUGAAGUGGAGCUGUAUGAAGAUACUCCAUCAGACAUUUCCAUUGUGUUUUUCCAUGAAGAUACUUCAGAGCAAUCUUACUGGCACAUUUCAACUGAGAACAGCACCUCCUUGCUUUGCCUCCUGAACGCUAUUCAGACACCUUGGAAGGAGAUGUUUGGUGUGGAGCUCAAGCAGACGGUUCACCCGGCGUUAACAUUUGAGGAUGAUUUUUCAGACUGACCUCUGUGACUGCAGUGAUGUUCAGUGAGUGCAAUACAAAAGAGUGUUUGCUGGAGAGUUUGUCAGAAAGGCGUUCCAUUGUUACAGGAGGGAAGUGGUGCUUUUCAUUUGUAGCCAUGCCUGUGCAGAUUGCUCAAACAAUCAAAAGCAGGUUUUGCAGUGUGGCAGAAAGAGAAUGAGAAUUGAGGAUUCAACCUGCCUCCCAUUCACUCUCAACUCCACCCACUCCCAAAAUACAUUAAUAUUUAUUUGUAUCAGCAAUGUAGGCCACAGCUGUGUAUAAUUUAUCCACCCUCCCCAACAAAAAUACGCAAAUUAGUGUGACAAACCCUGAUUAUUGGUGGCAAAUCCAGCAUUUGCAAGGGGGUGGGGUACCCAGCAUUAACAGAAGGGACACACCAAAUACAAGAGUGGGGCAUGUUAUAUUAUGAUAAUUUCUAUCUUUUGAUUUAUAACAUAAUAAGUUGCGAUCAAAAAAUGAAAAGGCAGGAAGAGACAGUUAUCUUGAUGAAAACAAAACUUAAAAUUGGGGGUAGGGUCCGUAUCAGUGCCCCCGCCCCAUCUGGGCCCAAUUUUACAGAGCUACUUAAUAGUUAGCAGAAAGUCAUGCUAACUUUAUCAGAAAAUAUGAUGAUCUUAAGCACUAUAUCAUGGCAGUGCUUGGUGUGUUUGUCCAAGUGGUUGCACAUAGCAAUUUCUAUUGUUACAUCACUAAGUUGAAGUAAAUUUUUCUUCCAAGGUCAGCAUGCCUUUGGCUUUGCUUACUGCUUACGGUCUCCCUGAAAUACGUGGAGCCUUUGUUAGCUUGGAAUUGUGUGCUAAGCAGAGCUGCGAAAUUGGGCCCCGAUCUUCUUGUUUCCAUUGGAUUUUAAAUAUGCCUCUUUUCAUUGAAACACUUACCUAUUAUGAGGAUGACACUGAACCUAUCCUCUGAUGUUUUCAGUAUCUUGAAGGUUUACCUUGGGUCAGAAGAAAUCUUGGUUGCUGCUGUUUGUGUGAUAAGCCAAAUAUUUAUGCCAAUGGAAAGUUGUGAUUUUGCACAAGUUUGCUGUAUUGUUCGAUUUGUGUAUAUGAGAUGGAGUUAUGGUGACUAUCCUGUUGGGUACUUGCAAGCUUACUCAAAUGGAAAAAGCAGAAACUGAACAAAUAUUGUACUUAAUUACAAAGUUUAUGUUUGGUUUCCGGUAUGUGUCGAAGAAAAGUGAGGUGUGAGUUGGGCAGUUUUGUUUUUACUUUGCGAACAAUUUUCAUCAAUUUGUAUAGUGUUGACCUUGAGAUUCAAUGCAGUGAUGAAGCAAGCCCUUAUAUAGGUUUCAUUAUCUUUCUUGACGGAUGUCUUUAUGUUUUGUCCCUUAAUUUUUCCUUCCAAAGCUUUUUCUUCACAGGAAACCUUUAGACUUUUUGAUAAAGCGCAAUUUAAAGCUUUUGGGAAAGGAAAUCUGAGAUUUCAAAUAUAGAAUGUAAACACACACGUAUUUCAAGUAUUAAGUCAUUGAAGGAAAUCUAUACAUUGUAACUUAAUAUCAAGUGAAGCAAAAAUGCACUGUUGCAGUGGAUAAAUUUGAAAGAAAAAGUAACAAACAAAAGCACUCAUUUUUUCCAUUCGUGGAGUGUAGUUUAUGAGAAAAAAUUUGUAAAAUAAAAGGAGGCUGUUGAAUGAAAGGUUUACAAUAUUUUUGGUGCUAAAGUGGAACACAUGUUUAAAUAUGAAUUCCCUGUACAUUUCUCUGAAUUAUCAAGACUAGUUUACUUUUGUUUGGCUUCAGACAUUUGGUCAAAAUAUUUGGACAAAUUGUACAUGCGUAUGCGGAAAGUUAGCCUUUGGCAUGUUAGACCAAGCAACUGGCAAUAUCCAAUUAUACAAAAGCAAUAUUCUCUCCGUGAAGAAAGCUUCUCUGUGGGAAUAUCAAUUGUGAGAAGACGAAUUCAAGAUAAAAGCACAAGAUGGCUCGACGGUAUGAUUGUUUUAUGCUUUCAAUACUCGGUCCAGCUUUGGGAAUUUAGAAGAUAACGUGCAAUAUACAUACCACUUUGAUUUUUGCUUACAGUGGCGGAUAUUUUCAUUGUGCAGCUUGGUGAAGAUUUUUUUUCAUGUUUAUCAAAUGAUUAUCCCAUCUUUCGAAGAUUUGCUGUAUGUGGGAAAAUGACUAGCGGGGGAGGAAAAAUGUGAGUAAGGCCUGAUGAUUUCGAAAUUAUACCCCAUGAAAAUUUUAGUGAAAAACCAAAAGAUCCGUAGUUGUUAAAUUUCUUCCAAAGAUUUAAAAAACUUGUUUUUUCCUUGGUAGCAGGAAGAGGAAACAAAAAAGUUCAUUAUCAGCAAAAACAUGCAUACAAUUUAUUUCAUUUUAGUAUAGACAAUGCAGUUUUGCGCAAGGUGCGGGAUUCGCUGGAUUAAAAGAAACUAUGUUUUAACGUUCUUUUUGUCACAUGGAUAUAUCAGAUCAAAAGAAUAUUGGUACAUUAACUUGAAAAUCAUUCUUGACCUAUCCACGUGAAAUUUGGUAAAAUGUGUUUUCCUUUGACAUUCUUAAUAGAUAAAUCAAACUUAAAAUUAAAUUCAGUAAAUACUAUCGGCAAGUCACAAAAAAACUUUACAUGCCUCGGAGAUGUAGUCAAGUAAAAUGGAUUCAUAGUACUGUUUGGAAAAUAAAAGUGUCAAUUUGGUUGUUUACGAUACUUCAGGUUGCCAUGGUCAACCCUCAUAAUUGGCUGUUUUCUGUCUUGUGCAGUCUUACAGACAAUUCUUUCUUUGGGGUUACGGCUUUGUUUAAAGAUGUCGGUGUUGGAGGAUGGAGAAAUUAACUUUUUAGUCGAGGCCAGACAUUGUUCUGUCUGAAAGGAGCAUUUUUUGGAGAAACAUACUUUUUAGUGAUACUGUAAACGGUACAUUUCUUGCCAUCCCACUUGCCCUCAACACUGUCACUGUAGUACCAAAUUACUAGGUUCGGCAAAAUCUAUUUCGUUUUGUUAAUGGUUGGUUGACUUUUGCGCCUUUAACUACGGAUAACCCUGACCCAAGGAGGAAGGACCUUGUGUGGACCUGACUUGGAUCACAUAAGGUUCACACAGCCUUGUAUAGGGGACCUGUUUUGUCCUCGGGUAUACACACACGAACGGCAAGGUUGGCACAUACUCGUCAAUACUAAUGGUGAUUUGGUGUUAAAUUGAUGCGUACGUAAAAAGUAAUAAAAUAAUUGACGGCAGUCGGAGAUAGUGCAUACCCAAGAGAUGCAAUAAUACCUCUGACUUAAGUUUGGGAUGGUUUGGGGAAAUCGUAUACAAAGUAUAUUGUACUCUCAUCCUGAAAUAAACCCUUGGUCAACUGAUAUUCGUUGAUCAUGCUGUCACCACGGGAAA